AUGUACCUGCACCCGAGGCUGGCUGACAACGCGUUCUGCCCUCCGGACCAUGCGGAUUGCGGUCCUGGUAUAGUCAUAUCCGACCACACUCCGGGAGAGACCCAGGACGAGAAUACCCAGAAACAGGUCCAAGAUAGCCCCCCAGGCCUCAGCCAGCAGCGGACUGGCGGGCAGCAGUUCGGAAGGCGGACCUUCGCGGGCGUCGCAAUCCUGGGGAUCGUCAUCAUCCUCGGCGUGUUAAUCUACGGGAUCUUCGGGAAGUGGCCUAGGCGCAAGAUCAGGAAGUGGAAGAAACAGCGGAACGAGAGGAAGAAUCCACCGCGGCGAAUGCGGAGCCAGGGCGUGCAGACAGAAGGCGAAGACCUCGAGAAACAAGAGGAACACAGCGAUCCAGAGAAACAAUGUUACUACGAGCUUGAACCUUGGGCAACCACCCCGGCUACGCUGGUUGACGACACAAGCCCUAGGUUGUCUCUUGCUUUGGGGGACGGCCCUUUGCUCCCUGGUUGGACCGAAAAGAGUGAACCUGGACGCAUUCAAGCAGAGGCUACUCCGAGUCCGGCAGAGCCCACAGACCUGAAGCAAGUCGAAGAGAGCAGAUCCGUGUACAGCGUCCUCUCAGGCUCGCAACACUGA